UGGCGAUAGGUAACAACUUUGCGCGAGUGCGACUGCGAUUGUGAAUCGUUUUUGAGUUAUUCAUAUUAUUUUAGAAGAAAUUGUUUAAUAUAAAUUAACAAAAAAAUUAAAUAAAAAUUUCACACAAUGGAGACAGACAAUUUAACUAAACAAGAUGAGGAGAUUGAGGCAUUAAAUGCUAUAUACGGUGACGAUUGGACCAUGGAGAGCGACAAAACGAGAUCGUAUAGCAUAAAAAUAUUGGAAAAAGAAUAUGAAGUUGUUCUGUAUGUGACUAUGCCCGAGGAUUAUCCUUCGCAGUCACCACCCAGCUACGAGUUUUCUGCUCCAUGGAUGGACAGAAAAGAUAAAUCAGAGCUGCAUCAAGCCUUAGACGAAAUCUAUUUAGAGAACAUAGGAGAAUGUGUUGUGUUUCAGUGGGUGGAGAAAAUAAGAGAAGUACUACAGACUAUAAAGCCAAAAAAAAGACGAGAAGUAAAUGAAAGAACUAAAUCCAAAUCACCUCCCACAGUAUCUUCAGAUACAUCAUUGGUACAUAGUGACUGUCCAGAGAUAACUCAUGGUGAGGUUAUCGUGGAUAGGAAGAGUAUAUUCCAAGGUCAUGCGGCAGAAGUCCACUCGAUUGAUGAUGUAAACGCGGUCCUAACAAAACUAAAGAUGAACAAGAAGAUAUGUAAUGCAACACAUAAUAUGUAUGCUUACCGCAUAGAACGGAAGACAGGCAAGGGAAACAGCAUCCUUCAGGACUGUGAUGAUGAUGGCGAGGCGCACGCUGGUGGCAGGAUGUUGCAUCUAUUGCAAAUUUUAGACCAGAAGAAUACUCUAGUUGUAGUGUCUCGCUGGUAUGGUGGGAUACAGCUAGGCCCUGACAGGUUUAGACAUAUCAAUAAUGCAACGAGACAAGCAAUACAACAGGCAGGUCUUUUAAAAAAAUGACAUUUAGCUUAACAAUAUUAUAAGGUAUGUUGUAAAUAACGAUCUUGUUAUAUAGGGUGUUUUAGAAUAAAGGAAAGAUCUUGGUGCUGGUUGACGCCAAGGAUUGCGUUUAUUCUGUUACAUCUUGUGAGUUAAAAUUACUUAAUUUUGUAUUCGAAUAUAAAAUUAGAGUGACCUUUGUAUGUAUGUAUUACCUAUGUAAUAUUAUGCUACCUACAUGUAGUGAUGUGACUGAUGUUUGUUAGCUACCAAAAUUCUACUUUAAAGGGUUAUUUUUUCAUACUGAAACUGUUCAUCUAUUUAUUAUUUACUCUGUUUAUUUUUUAGUACUCUUACUGUUAUAUAAUAAUCAUUAUAAUGUUUGUAUUAAA